CUCAUGCUUGUGUCCCCCCACUGUGCAUCCACACUGUGCUCUCAAACUGUGAAAAAGAGUUGCAGCGCGGAGAACAGUGCUGCUCCUUUACUUUUGCUUUUCCUCUAACAGCAUCAGCUCUAAAAUAUAAAUAGUUUUUGUAGCUUUCUUCAUAGUAAUAAUUUUUGUUAUACAUAUAUAUAUAUACAAAUAUAUUUUUGUGCUUCAUUUCACAGAUCACUGGAGUUUUUACGUGCAAGCCAUGUAAAAGGAGAACGGAAGUGGACAAUCUUGGAAAAGGCUUGAUUUUUUUAUUUUUUUUUUUUACAUUUUUUUUAAAAAAGGACAUGACAUGCAUCUGUAAGGAGGAGAAGGAAAACCCAGAGGAAUGACAGCGUGGGAAAAGGUGACAGACUGUGGGGAAAGAUGACAACCAAGAGGAGAGGAUCUGUAGAAGAUGGAGGACACGGGAGGACAGGCUAUACGGGAUAGGAGGAGUAGGACGUGGUGGGGGGUGGAGGGACACAGAAUGGCGUGAGGACCAAGGCCGGUGGUUGGUUUGAUCUGAGCCACGUGUGCGUCCAGCCACGUCUCUUCGCCGCUUCAUGGAUGUCGAUGAGACGCUGGCUUCCCAUGCUGCCUGGUCCCUUCUGUCUUGGCCCAGGUAGGUUUCCUGAGAUGAGGUGAUGCAUGGAUUCUUGAAGAAGAAAUUGGCCAGUUUGCAUCACUCCCCUCCUGUUCAACAACCAGCAUCAACAUCCUGUAAAGGAAUCAGGUACUUGGAUAAGCAAACUGUGGUUGUGACGGCUACCUCCUUGAUGUGACUUCCUUUGAGAAACAGGACAGUACUUGAGCACGAAAAACUGCCCAGCAGAAAAGGAAGAGCUUAAAUGCAGGAUCUUGUGGCGAUGCCAUCGCUCCGCAGUAUGACGUAUUUCAAACCGGAGAUCAGUCAGACAAACAUGGUCUACGUCCACAACACUGGGCAGCCAUGAUCUCUGCAUUUCCACCCUCUCUAUCCUCAGCUAUGAGUUUAAUACUAAGCUGAUAGUAUGUGAUCCACUGCACUGUGGCGACAACGUUCUGCUUCAUCCUGUUGAGAAAAACAAACUGGACUAUUCAGUUAUCGUGAAAAAUGGCUGCUGAGAGUUUUCACCCCUGGACAGAGGACGAGCUGCAGCCAACCGACGACCCAACAUCAUCACUAGCAUCCCUCCACCUCAGGGACCAGGCCGUGGUCACAAAUGAGAGCGCCGUCCACAUGGGAGAUAAUCCUGAGCCCGAUCCUAUAGUUCCUGUGAUGACGUCAUCGCUGCUUAACCAAUCAUGCCAGCCGGCAGACAUUUGCAUGGUUACCGGGCCUGAGCCGCCACCAGCAGAUCAAGAGUUCUUGGAGACGGGGAAGAGCCCAAACGACAGUGAGGUGCAGUCUCGCACUCGGGUGGCUUUCUUACAGGACCUCUCCUCCCACGUUGACAUGAGUCAAGAAGAAGAAAUUCAACCAGAGAGCAACCCAACCACAGCCAUGGCAGCCAGCGACUGCAGCUCUGCCGACCAUCAGCUGUCUGAUGCAGAGUGGUACUGGGGCAACAUCACCAGGGAGGAAGUAAAUGAAAUUAUGAGAAACACUCCUGAUGGCACAUUUCUGGUCCGAGACGCUUCCACUAGGAUCAAAGGGGAAUACACUCUGACACUGCGAAAAGAUGGCUACAACAGACUAAUAAAAAUCUUCCAUCAUGGAGAGAAAUGUGGCUUUUCUGAGCCGAUGCUCUUUCCUUCUGUGGUGGAUCUGAUCCAGUAUUACCAGAAGAAGUCACUAGCCCAGUACAACGCUAAACUGGAUACACGGCUACUCUACCCACUAUCCAGACACCAGCAGCAGCAGGCUGUGAUGGAGGUGGACAUCGAUGCAGCUGCAGAACAGCUGAAGAUAUUUCAGGAUCAGUACAAAGAGACGAGCCAAGAGUACGACCGCCUGUUUGAGGAGCUCAACAAAACCUCGCAGGAACUCCAGAGCAAGCGGACCGCCAUCGAGGCUUUCAGUGAAAUAAUUCGGAUCUUUGAGGAGGAGUGUGAAACCCAGGAGCGCUACAGCAAGGAAUACAUUGACAUGUUCCUUGCAUUGGACAGCAGCACACAGGCCGACAAGAUUCAAAACAACUCAGAUGAUUUGCAGUCGAGGGUGGAAGAGAUCCACAACAGCAAGAAGAAGUUGGAGGAAGAGCUGAAGAAGAAGAUGCUGAUUCACAUGGAGGUCGACAGGAAAAUUAACAGCCUGAAGCCCGACCUUGUGCAGCUCAGGAAGAUUAGAGACCAGUACCUCCUAUGGCUCACUCAGCAAGGCACCAGACAGAGCCACACUAAUGACUGGCUGGCUUUAAGCGGUGAAGAAGAAGACCCAUACACCCUUGAAGAUGACACGCACCAUGAGGACAGAAGCUGGUACGUUGGUGGCAUGAGACGGAAAGAGGCGGAGGAGCUGCUGAAAGGGAGGAGAGAUGGUACUUUCCUAAUCCGAGAGAGCCAGACUCAGAGGGGCUCCUUUGCCUGCUCUGUUGUCGUGGACGGGGAUGUGAAACACUGCGUGAUCUACAGGACCGCCACAGGAUUUGGUUUUGCUGAGCCCUACAACUUGUACUCAUCACUCAGAGAACUGGUUCUCCACUACAGACACACAUCUCUGAUCCAACACAACCAGCAGCUGAAUGUAACCCUGGCCUGGCCCGCUCUCAGUCAGCAGUCCAGCUAAGACACGCUCGCACACCACUACGACGACGCCUUCCCAUUAGCUUCACCGCAUUAGCACUGAGGACACACAAAUGGACACAGUUGGUGUUUCAGUGCUACGGAGUAUCUUACCUCUUAUGAGGUCACAGCAAGUUCAAACAUGCUGAUCACAUUUACUUAACUGAUUUCAAGCAGUUUCAUCUCUGCAACUUUGAGGCCGAUUUGAUUUCUGCUGUUGUCAGUUCCAAAUAUAAACGUUGUAUAAUUGGCUUUUAGCACCAGCUUAACCAGUUCAGGUGAACAGGCAUCCAGUUUGUGUUUGAUUGAUCCUGCUGCCCCUGCGGCAGCACUGAUCAAUGUAAUCAGCAGUCAUAUGGCUGCUGUAAAAGCCAAACUGGAGAUCAGCUGCAAUUUUCUACCUAUAAUUUAAUUACAACCAUUUAAAAAUAGCAUUUAGAUGAGGUGUAUCAGCACAAUUUGGAUUAUAAUCUUGGCUCUAACAGAAUUCAGCAGUCUGUGUAGUAUUUUACAGCAGAACAGAAGUGUUGAUACUCUUAUUCCAGAAAACGUUUCACAAAACAAAGAUUAAAACACUUAACAUAUUUUAAAAACAUUUUUU